AUGGCGGAAGUACCCAUUGUCCUUGAUGGAGGAACAGGGUUCCUUAAAGCUGGGUACGCAGGCCAGAACUUCCCGGACCACCAGUAUCCCUCAAUAGUCGGUCGGCCUAUUCUACGAUCAGAAGAACGAGAUGGAGACAUUGUGGUCAAGGACAUUAUGUGUGGAGAGGAAGCCGCGGCCGCGCGGUCAGCACUACAAAUCACAUAUCCCAUGGAGAACGGCAUAGUAAAGCGCUGGGAUGACAUGCAGCACCUCUGGGACUAUACCUUCUUCGAGAAGAUGCAGAUAGACCCUACCGGACGCAAGAUCCUCCUUACCGAGCCUCCCAUGAAUCCCCUCAAAAAUCGCGAACAGAUGUGCGAGGUCAUGUUUGAACGCUACAACUUUGGCGGCGUCUAUGUCGCUAUACAAGCAGUGCUGGCUCUCUAUGCGCAAGGUCUAUCCACUGGAGUAGUCGUUGACUCAGGAGACGGUGUCACGCAUAUAGUACCCGUAUAUGAGAGCACGGUGCUGAACCAUCUAACAAGAAGGCUGGAUGUCGCGGGAAGGGAUGUCACAAGGAACCUCAUCUCGCUGCUUCAACGAAAGGGGUACGCCCUGAACAGAACGGCAGACUUCGAGACGGUGCGGCAGAUCAAAGAGAAGCUAUGUUACGUCUCAUAUGACUUGGAACUGGACCAGCGACUUAGCGAGGACACGACCAUCUUAGUGGAGUCAUACACGUUACCGGACGGUCGGGUCAUCAGAGUGGGCAGCGAGCGAUUCGAGGCGCCGGAGUGCCUGUUUCAGCCUCACCUGGUCGACGUAGAGCAACCUGGAAUGGCGGAAUUCCUGUUCAACACAAUCCAAGCUGCGGACGUAGAUGUCAGGAGCGACCUGUACAAGGCGAUUGUGCUGAGUGGAGGAAGCAGCAUGUACCCGGGUCUGCCCAGUCGGUUAGAGAAGGAGCUGAAGCAGCUAUGGUUGACCAAGAUUCUGCAAGGCAACCCUGAGAGGUUAAACAAAUUCAAAGUGCGCGUCGAGGAUCCACCGCGGAGGAGGCACAUGGUUUUCUUAGGGGGCGCAGUCCUUGCGAACAUCAUGGCUGAACGCGACAACAUGUGGAUAUCGAAGCAGGAAUGGCAAGAACAGGGCUCUCGCGCAUUAGAAAAGUUGGGUGCACGGUCAUAA